CGAAUUCAGUCUGCCGCUAGACUUCAAACACGUCUGAUGCGCGAGUCAGACGCCCACACAAACACACUCACACAUAUACACACGAUAAAUCGCGGGGAGAAUUUUUUUUUUAUUCACAUUCCGAGAGUGUGUUGUUUUUGGUCGUCGUCAUCGUCGUCGUCAGGCUCUCUCAAUGCAAAAUUGAAAGAAAUCAAAAAAAAGAAGAAGUUAUUUUUUUUCUGUUCUGUGCGCGGGUGUGUUACUACAUUCUCUUCUUGGCUUUCGCAAGAAAAUUUAGGACGGAUGAAUAGAGAGAGAGAAAUUUGACCAAACUAGCCUCAUUCCAUGUGAUUCUUUUGUGAGAGGGAGAUAGAAAUUGUGAAAUAUAUUUUCUACUUUUUUUUUUUUUUUUGUUUUCUUGUAAUUUGUAAAUAGAGAAUCGGUGUUAUUGCAAUUUUACGUACCUCGCUAUAUUGCAUUCCUUUCAAGUUCUACAUUUGCUGCAGAAGAUUUUAGAUUUACAUUUUAUUUUGCUGCAAGUCAAGAUUUGCUGCAAGAGUUUUUUUAAAGAUUAGCGGCAAAAGUUUUACAAUUACUGCAAAACAUUCCAAAAAUAGAAGAAAAGAGUAAAAAGAAGAAAACUCUAAAGAGUUAAAGAAGAAAGAAGGACUUUUAGUGAUUUCUUAUUUUCUUUGCGGGGACCAAAGUAGUAGUUGGUCAUCGUCCCUCAAGACGAGAGUAACGACCCGCUGGGUGCUUCUUGGAUAUCACAGUGCAACGAAGAAGAAAGUGGAGAACCCCGCAACAAGAGAUAAAAAGAAUUGAGAGAAAGAGAGAGAGAGAGAGAGAAGAAAAGAGAAGUGAGAGAGGAAGAGAGAAGAGAAUAAGAAGAGAGUUUGUAUAGAGUCGAAAGUGUGAUGCCAGCUUGACAGCUGACGGUCAGUGGUUUCCAGUUCAUCGUCAACCUGGCGGCGUCGUUCAAAUGAAGCUGCGGCGUCGCUGCAUGCAGACGCUCGGCGUCUCUGUUAAAAGGCUGAGGAGAAAGCUACUCGAACUGGGUGCAAGAAUUCUCCACGUUCAGGGCUCCAAACCGCCCGACAUGGCCCUCGUGAUGCUGUCGGUGAGUCCAGGAAUGGAGGUUGGCAGCGGAGGACACGGCGGUCUUGGUGGUGGUCUCGAGGGUGGUCCGGCGGGCGGUGGCGGAGGAGGCGGCGACGGAAUGCAGGAAGCAAUGGUCGCCGCCGCAAGGGAUCGUGUUGUAAGAGCCGGAAGUGUUCGACAAGAUUUGGCUUUGGAUCUUCCGCCUCGGCUUCAACUUCCGGAUGGCGAGGAACGUCCCUACGGAGCCCACACGGCUCUUCAUCUUCGCGAUCCCGAACAGGAAAGCGAGAUCUAUCAGAAGUGUGUGAGACCGCCACCGAAUCGAACGGUGUUUGACAGUGAGAGUCCGCCGCCCUACAGGAGUCAAUCAGCAUUAUUGGACGCUCCAGAUCGGAUAGUGCGUUGUCACAGUGCUGGCAGUUCAUUAUUGAGGGUAUUCAGAAAAUUUCCAAAUCAUGGAAAUUCAACGCCAGCUGUUGUCGUUCCAGCGCAAAGGAGGCCAACAUUAUCGAAUUAUUCCGAAUCAAGUAGCAAUCUGAGUAAUCUAUCGAGUUUAACGGUGGUGCCUUGCGAGGCCGACGAGACCCAACAACAACAUCACCAGCAACACGUCUGAUCCAUGGCGUUCAUUUGAUUCCCAAGAAUCAUGAAAAACUUCCUCGAGAUGAUGACCGUUUGUCUAAACUCGGGGAGCAUUCGGACGUCGAUUAGCCAAAGGCGACGACAACGAAGAAAAUCAUCAAUAAAUAACACAAAUACUAAUACUAACAAAAAUAGUCAGCAACACGAGAUUCUUGUCCUCGUUGUUGUUGUUGUUGCUGCUGUUGUCGUCGCCUAUUGCGUCGUCGUUGUCGUUGUGCCUUCGCGUGUUCACGAGGUGCGGACGAUUCCUCAAGACUGAC